GACACCAUGCUUCAACAUUAUCGCCCAUCGCGCGUUGCAGAAUGCUCGGAACUAUACACCAGGGGUUAGACCACGUUCGUUUCGCUCAGCUGAGGGUGCUCAGGUCUACUCAAUUCCGCGUCAGCUUCCUCUACUGUAUGGACUACUCGGACCAUAACCCCGGCAACGUCCAUUACCUUGCUGCUUGUCGUCGCCUCGUGCCGUUUGUUGCUCUGCUGGCUGUAUAGCUGAGGGUCGAUAUUCGGCAUGAGGGGCGCACAGGAGCGGUCGAAGACACAGCAAGUUGUCGUCGCGGUGGGGAGUCAAAGAAAAAAAUAUCAUUUUAAAGUAAGCAUCGGGUGCCGAAUAUCAUCCCGCUAAGCGAGCGAGUGUUUGACCCUUCAGAGACCCUGUCAAGCCAAACAACGUGCUUCAACGAUGCAACGUGUGGAGUGCAACACAAUAGCAGUUUCUAUUGUCAUUGCACUGGCCCUAAGCUUUCAACUUCCCUGAAAGAUCUAUCUUAAGCGCUCUUGAGAAGCGUGGCUUCGGGGUAUGCAAGUUACCGCCGUCACAUCCAUCAUCACC